AAAAACUUAACAUACAUAAUUUAACAAAAUUAACGUUACAGGCUAUCGAAGACCGUGUCACAAUCGAUGUCAUAUGCUCAGGGACGAGUCUACUGAAUCUAGUACAGAUGAAAGUGAGGAUUUCCAUCCUCAUUACCACGGCUCUAUUCCUAGAUUAAUCAUAACGUUAGAUAAAGAAAAUAAUCAAUUACAAGAAGAUUUAACGCCCGAUACACCGGGCUGUCCGAUGGAACUAAAAACAAACGUCGUUCCGCCGCGCCCAAUUCCAGUAUUCACAUUCACUUGUGAGGAUUUUGAUGAACAGCAUCCCAGUAGCGAUACUACCACGUACGAUAGCCACGUGCCACAAGACGAACCGCCCCAAAUACCGGAACCGCCCGCUAACUAUGACCAAUCGAGCGAGAGCGGCGAGACCAUCUGUUUACCUCCGAAAAUGCAACCAAUAGACACUAAACUCACAUUAGAAUUGUUUAAUUCCCGAACACAAACAAAUGAAAUAUACAGACCGAAAGAAAAUGAAUUUUACAGAGGACGCUGUACUGGUGUAGAUGAGUGUGUGAGUGCGUGCGAAUGUUGUCGAACCCCGCAGCCAGAGACGCAACCUAUACCAUACAUAGACGAGCCUAAUUCUGAACCGGUUAUAUUCGAAACUGAAUCCACUUGUGACAAAAUAGCAACACCAAAAAUACGUAGAAUUCUACCCUCGUUGUCGCUUGAUAAAACAGAUGAAGGCAAAAAAGAAACGGCGGACGCCGUCUGCCAAACAUCUGAGUCGCCUAUUGAAAAUGAGAUUGAAGUUAAGCCCACACCAGCCCCAAGGAAAUUUGAAUUGAACCUCGAUGUCAAAAAAGAGUCUAGAAAAGUCGACAGUAGUAUGCAUUGUAGGCUAAAGAGAACGUUGUAUCAAAUGUCUAGAUCAAUUUCUAGUAAAUCUGAUACAGAUCCUCCAUCCACAUAUUCUACAUCUGAUUCUUUUGAUAAUAUGGCUAACGGAAAACGUGUCUAUUUAUCUAAAGGAAUUGUACAGACUCCUUCGGAAAUGGGUGCCAAACAAAUUCUUGACAGCGUCGACAGGAAAUCUUGGAAGUCCCCCGAUGAAUUCCGGCCGUCCUAUGGUAAAGUGAAAGCUUUGACCAAACACUUCAACGAUAUUAACCUCUCAUACUGCGUGCGCAAUUAUAAGAGAAACUGCCAAUCCAGUCCUAAUCUCAGUGAUCGCAACGAAAAAUCUUUUAAAAUUUCAUAUAAUAAUAUACAAAGUAGUGUUAGUUUAGCGGAUAUACAAUACGAAAGUACUAAAACGGACACCACCGAAACGAAAGGAGACAAAAUGACUGACGACGAAGUCAAAAGCAUACUGAUACAGCUGGAAGAUUGGUCUAGGUAUGGAUCGAGAGGCAGCGAGGACACGCUGGCUCAGGGAAACGAAUUUGAGGUGCCAAACUUGCCCUCCGAGGACCAAUCGGACGUGCCCGACGAAACGAAAUGUAGCAGAGAAUCACUCAUCGAAAGCGGAAGUCCUGAAGGAGUGACGAACUUAUGCAUACCCCAGGAAGUUAGCGAGUCUCCGACCAGACGGAUGACUUCGUCGCACGGUAGCUGCCCCGCGCUGGCCGGCCUCCCCCCGCGUAAGCCUCCCCUACACCGAGCAUGAUAUAGGUGUGUUCUAGCUCCUCACACGGGACCCGCCCACGGCUGAGAAAAAAAGUUAAGAGAAAUUACUAAAAUCAGAUUGAAACCGCUCGCUUCCAUUUGCAACAAAAAUAUUCUCGUUUUAACAACUAAUC